AUGUCUUGCUCUAGCGCACAUCUCGAUGUGAACCCGCUUACCCGACCCCUUUCGCCUUCCGAUGAAGAAUGGGCUGAGCGCGGCGUCUUCCUGAGUUACGGCAAGGCCCACCUGUCGUACAGUGAGGUGGAGCGGCUUCUGCAACUGGCCAAUUUGGAUAUCACCCCCGCGGACUUUCCGUUCGCAGCCGUUGUGGUGUGGGCGUACCGCAUGCGGCCUAGUAGCAACCCUGAAGUCUCCGCUUGUUUUACGACACGGACCCAGGGUUUAACCGGGCCCCGAGCAACCACCUCAGCUGUUAAGGCGGGCAGUAGCGACGGCGCCGGUCUGUGCGGCCUUGGGGUAGAAGUGGUCGGGUUCGCUUGCGUCGACAUUGCGAUGUUGCCAUCGCGGGGGACAACGGCACGAGCCGGCCUCAGCGAUGAAAGCUGUGGCAAGCGCGGCGGUGGUGGGCAAGGCGUCACCGCGACGGGGCCAGCAGCAACAGAGAGCUCAGCGCGGUACGGAGGCACGCGUGUUCAGCAAUGGCGGGAGUGCCAGCGAGACUGGACUCCAGGGGAGCGCCGACGGCCAAGACAAGCAGGGAACUACAGUACUGAGCAGCAGGCAGGCAUGGCCGCACUUGGCUCUGUAGGGGGGGCUAGCAGUGCAGCUGCGGAGGGCAGAGACAGUGGAGAGGAUUGCAGCGAGGGCCAGGAAAUUGUCGCAACGGUGCGAUUUCUAGCAGUCCACCCUGCAUUGCGUCGCCAGGGCUUAGGACGUGCGCUGCUAGAGCGACUGGUUUCCGAACUGCGUGGGGGAGUUAAGGAUGAGAACGACGCAGCGGUCGUGACGCUGCGAGCUACUAGCCGUUCCGUGGACUUUUACGAACGACUGGGGUUGCUGCGGGACCCGGACGCGCCGUUGGUGGAGGCUGUCGGUGGGAGAAUGCAAGUUGGCCAUGUAGGAGCAGUGCAAGUGAAGGGCAGGAAACCGGACUAG